CCGAGCUUUCCGCUUGGUGGACGGGUUUGGGCUGGGGGCGCCUUGGGGAUCAUUCUGGACUUUAUUCAAGAUGAAGUUCUUUUGGGGGAUUCUCUUUCUUAUUUUAUUCUCCUUCUGGGUUGAAGAAGCCUAUUCUAAAGAGAAGUCUUCCAAGAAGGGGAAAGGGAAAAAGAAGCAGUAUCUGUGCCCAUCGGAACAGUCUGCUGAAGACCUUGCCAGAGUACCAGCUAAUUCCACAAGCAAUAUCUUGAAUAGACUAUUAGUCAGUUAUGAUCCCAGGAUCAGACCAAAUUUCAAAGGUAUUCCUGUUGAUGUGGUGGUCAAUAUUUUUAUUAACAGCUUUGGCUCUAUACAAGAAACAACAAUGGACUAUAGAGUUAACAUCUUCCUGAGGCAGAAAUGGAAUGAUCCUCGGCUGAAACUGCCCAAUGAUUUUAGGGGCUCAGAUGCACUGACAGUGGACCCCACCAUGUACAAGUGCCUGUGGAAACCUGACCUAUUUUUUGUCAAUGAAAAGAGUGCAAAUUUCCAUGAUGUUACACAGGAAAAUAUCCUCCUCUUUAUUUUUCGGGAUGGAGAUGUCUUAGUUAGUAUGAGAUUAUCUAUUACUCUUUCCUGCCCUUUGGACUUGACCUUAUUUCCUAUGGAUACACAACGUUGCAAGAUGCAAUUGGAAAGCUUUGGUUAUACAACGGAUGAUUUGCGAUUUCUCUGGCAAUCAGGGGAUCCUGUCCAGUUAGAGAAAAUAGCUUUGCCACAGUUUGAUAUUAAAAAAGAAGAUAUUGAAUAUGGUAACUGUACCAAAUAUUACAAAGGCACUGGCUAUUACACAUGUGUAGAAGUAAUCUUUACACUGAGAAGACAAGUGGGAUUUUACAUGAUGGGUGUGUAUGCCCCUACUCUGCUCAUUGUGGUCCUGUCCUGGCUAUCAUUUUGGAUCAACCCGGAUGCAAGUGCUGCAAGGGUGCCACUGGGUAUCUUCUCAGUGCUCAGCUUGGCAUCCGAAUGUACCACACUUGCUGCUGAACUUCCCAAAGUAUCCUAUGUGAAGGCCCUCGAUGUCUGGCUAAUUGUUUGUCUUCUCUUUGGGUUUGCAUCACUGGUAGAGUAUGCUGUGGUUCAGGUGAUGUUAAACAAUCCCAAACGAAUUGAAGCAGAGAAAGCCAGGAUUGCCAAGGCAGAGCAAGCAGAAGGGAAAGGUGGAAAUGCAGCUAAGAAGAACACAGUCAAUGGUACAGGGACUCCUGUUCACAUCAGCACUUUACAGGUAUGAGUUUAAGUGAAUGCUGCCACUGUGUACUUCUUCUGAUUGCUCUAUUUGACUCAUUGGUAUCAAGUCUGUUGAAUUAAAAAAAAUACUCUUCAUAAGUCAUUAAAGUUUUCUAAAGUGGAAAGACACUAACUAAACACAUGGUAGCCUGGGAGCACCCUUUAGUUGCAAAAUUAUUUCUAUGCUGGAACAAUUUACUAUGCUCUGGCUAUAUAUGAAUGGCAAAGUCUACAAAGAAUUAGAUGAAAUCAGGUCACUUAAAUAACAAAAGAAAAUGUAAGCAAUGUGUUAAUAGACAAACAUUUUUUUAAAAAG